GCUACAAAAGAUUGAGCUCACAUCGAUUAGGAUUCGUUUAUGCCAGCACACAUAAGGAUCGACAAUGAACUUUGCACUAACACGCAGAGUACUGCGGAUGGGCGGCGGUGAGGUGCUGACGCCCAACAAAUUCAAUGUCCGCCAAUUGCUAAACACCUUCGACACGAUCGUCUACGCAGCGGACGGAGUGCUGUGGCGCCACGAGCAAGCACUCAAGGGAGCUGCCGAUACGUUCAACGCGCUAAGGGGCAUGGGCAAGAACGCCUUCAUCUGCACAAAUAACUCGGCGGCCUCGUGUCUGGCCCUGAGCAGGAAGGCCAAUCAGCUGGGCUUCAUGGUGGCCGAGAACGAGAUCCUCUCGUCCGCACAGGCACUCGCACGCUUCAUGAGGGAGCGCAAAUUCCAGCGUAAAGUCUACAUUGUGGGUGGGCAGGGCAUCAAGGAUGAGCUGAGGCUGGUGGGCAUCGAGAGUCUGCCGCUGGACCUGGCCUCCAUGCAGGAGAACUCGAUGGUGGAGCAGGUACAGAAAAUGUAUUUCGAUGCGAAUGUGGGCGCUGUCGCCGUUGGCAUGGACAAGGAUCUGAAUGUGGUGAAGCUGACCAAGGCCAGCAUUUAUCUUAGGGAUAGCAAGACCCUCUUUGUGGCCACCAAUCGUGAUCGUGCCUUUCCCGUGGCUGCCGAUCGACAUGUGCCCGGUGCGGGCGUCAUGGUGGCUGCCAUUCAGGCGGUGGCCAAACGUUCGCCCUUCACCUGCGGCAAGCCCAGUCCCUAUGUCUGCUCCCAUCUGAUGCGUCAGGGUGUCAUACAGCCAGAACGCACUCUAAUGGUGGGCGAUACCAUGUACACGGAUAUGCAGUUUGGCUAUAACUGCGGCUUUCGCACUCUACUGGUGGGCACUGGCGUCAGCAGUCUGAAGGAUGUGCGCAAUGCCCAGGCCUCCAAGCAGGCAAUGGCCUACCAGCAGAUACCAGAUUUGUAUCUGCCAAGGCUGUCCGACUUGUUGCCCUACCUACCCUCUCGCAAUCGAUAGGGCCCACAGUGCGGACACUGCAUAGAGCGAUAGAUUCAUGUUUUCUUUAUUACAUUUUCCCCCUACACUACAUUUCAGUACUUCAUUUACUUCAUACUCUUUAAUGAAAGCGAAUCACUAAACACACAAAGGGAGCGACUGUCUGGAUGCUCUGGCUGUAGUACUUUUGGUUCCCCUACAUUAAUUUAUGUACCUAUCAUUGUUUAAUAAUUAAAUUUA